AUGAAAAAGCACAUACGUCAUGUCCCCCACCGUCAUCAGGAGAGCGGAACAUCAAAGAGGGUAGCAGAGACCGGAGCAUCGCGACCUUGGAGAAAAGGCUCGGAAUCGGCACGGGACAGCCGGAUAGCUUCCACUUUGUCAGUGUUCUCCACUUUCGCCCGAAAGCGGAGAGCCUCCUUUGGUCGCGAGAGGAUAGAACAAGCACGAGACAUUCGGUUUUUGCGGAGCAUCUCCAAAACUUCAACUCAUAGAAGCUCUGUUUGGCGAAUCUCCAACUUCUCCGACAUGGCCCCUCCGCAGCGGCCGGGAUCGGGAUGGCUUCAAAACGCCAACGGUAGCAAGAACCAACCGACCCUGGCACCGACGCCAGACCAGUCUGAGGUGACAAGGACUGCCCCUCUUCCUGAAGAACUCAUCGCGCGAACUGAAGGAGUCUCGAAGGAGGAGGAGGAGGCGAGGAGAGUGGAGCGAGCCAAGAAGGCCGCGGAGGAGAGCAAGAAGCGGGAGAGGGAGGAGGAGGAGAUGUGCGCCAUCUGUUGCGACAAGCUCCCGAACCUCGAGAGGGGCGUCCUCUCAUGCGGACAUGUGUUCUGCUUCGCGUGCAUCCACCAGUGGACCAAGAACUCCAGCAUCUGCCCCGGCUGCCGCGUUCAGAUCAAGAGGAUCACGAAGACCCUGUCGCCAGCCGACGAGGCUAAGGCUAAGGGGGAGACUCGAAAACCGGUUGUAUCGCAGCGGGGCAUGAAGAAGAAACCCAGGAAGCAGCUGAAAAGGGCUAGGCAUCGAGAUUCCAGGGCCAAGAAUCCGGCCUCCGGCUUCGUCACGAAGACCGUCCGUGUCCGCCCCAAGAGUCUCAAGAUGACACCAGCACAGCAGCGCGCGGCCCCGCACCCCCAGGCCCGCGGGGGGUGGAUGUACGUGCAAGAACAGCAGCGGCGGUUGCAGCAGCAGCAGCAGCAGCAGCAGCAGCAGGCGCGAGUGAUCCAGCCGGCCCUAGCGAGGGGAGCACUGUCGGAGUCCAUGACCCAAGCUGGCGCCGCGGACCUGUCCCCGCAGGUGGAAGCGCUUGCCCGCGAUCAGGCGGCCGCCGCGCGUUAGCGUUUCCGCGUUUCUACCUUGGAUCCAGUGCUACCCGUUGGUGACGGUUCCCCCGCCCCUCUCCGGCUAGGGGCGGCGGCGGCCAGAGGCGGCCAGGGGCGGAAUUUUCCCCGCGUGCUCAGGCCCAAUACCAAGACGAUUGAUGUUUCGUUUGUAGGGAGCAAACUGCUGAUCGCGAAACGGACAGGUUGUUUAGGAGGCAGAAACGACAAGCUCGGAGGCGAACACCAUGGGAUUAUACUCCUCAUGUGCUUUCUCCCACGAGCUGUAUCUCGCCCUGCAAGCCUCCAAUCGACACAGGACAUG